AUGGUCUCAUCGCGGGAGGGGGGCAUGUGUGGUUGCAUCGACUCGGUGCCGACCAGCAGCCGGAAGGUGCUCAUCGCGCUGGCCCAGAAGCAGGGGGCCCAGCGGAUGGCCAUGAGCUUCGCCUUCGACGCGCUGCCCGCGGAGGCCGCGGCCUGGGCCGCGGUGGCGGAGGGCCUCCACGCCGCCCUGCCGCUGACGCCCCUGGCGCUGCUGGGAGGCGGCCGCCCCUGCCCCCCCGCUCGCAGAGGGGCGGCUGCUGUUCCCCGGCGACGUAACGGUUGCCACUCGAGGGCCUCUCUUCCAGGCAGCGCAGCGUUGCCCACAUCGGGGAGGGUUGGCUUCGCCGGGUCACUGGCCAAAGUGCCCGUGAGUGGAGUCCCC